CACACACACACACACACACCCGAAACCAGCUUAAUGAGACAGAAGCUGAAGCACAGGAGGGACUGGUCAUGACUUGCUUAAGGAAACUAUAAAGUAGUGUUUUUACCUGGAAAUAGAAAUAGAGUAAGAGAAAAAAAAAACCUCAACUGUUGUUAAAAUGGAUCCCAAGAAGAAUGUUUUAUCCAAAUUGCGAGAUUUUAAACUCUUUAAUGUGAAGAAGAAGAAGAAGACUCCCUUGAAAUACAGGCGGAGUAUCUCGGUGCCUGAUCUCAGCAGGUCAUCACCAGUGAUGGCGAACAGAUUUGACCAGAUUAAAGCCCCCGACUCCACCGCCGACCUGAGCUUUAUCGAAGAAACCUCCAGUGUGGCUUAUUCUGAUAACCUCUCCGUCACAGACGUGGCCUUUUCAGCCUGGCCCACAGACCAGCUCCAAUGUCCAGACACACCAUCCUCAACCAGUUCCAGAGAGCGGCACACCGCACCAGACACACAACCUCUAACCCAGUUACUGCCCCGAAACACUUCUGCAGACAAAGCUUGUUUAAUUAACCGAUCCCCCUUUCCAUCUACACCAUCUGCAACCAAGGUUCUGGAUCAGUUCACCUUUCCAGACACACCGUCAUCAGCCAGGCAUACUGUGUGGGAUGUGCCACCAACAUCAGACUCACCAGCUGUUGUGGAUAACCCUACCAAUAAUGACAUGCCUGAUAAGAAAGCAGAAAAAGGAGACAGAAAAACCAAAUGGUACAUCGACGACCAGGACAGUGAUUCUGAAUCUGACGAGGAAUGUUCUGAGCAGGAAAUAACAGCAGCGAUAGAUCUCUUAUCUCCAGGAAGUACAGACAUGUGCGUUAGUGGAUCAGCUGAGGAUAUAGAUGAAGUUCCAAAUGAGAGCAGUGACUACGACACCAGCGUCUCAGGAGGAGAAAAAAAGGUCCACUAUGUCCUCACCAUCAACUUAAAGGAAGGAAAGAACCUGGUGAUCAGAGAUCGCACUGGUACCAGUGACCCCUUCGUCAAAUUCAAAGUAGACGGCAAGACCGUGUACAAAAGCAAAGUCGUGCACAGAAACUUGAACCCCACCUGGAAUGAGUCCUUCUCUUUCCCCAUCAGAGACCUGGAGCAGAGCAUUUCAGUUCAGGUGUAUGACCGCGACCUGAGGUCACAUGACUUCAUGGGUUCCAACACGAUCAGUUUAAGUAAACUGGAGCUGGAAAAAACAUGUGAGAUAAUAUUGCCUUUAGAAGAUACUAACAGUCCAGAGAACGACAUGGGGGUGAUUGUCUUAGACGCCUGCGUGGCUGUCUCUGAGGAGCCCGCUAAACGAACUAAGUGGCCAUUGAAGAGGAAAGGAAGCUUUAAUAAGGGUCAGCCACAGCAGGCACGAGGAGCUGCCACACAGAAGUGCCAGCUUUGGAGCGAAGUGUACACGGUGGUGCUGGUAGAGGGGCAGGACAUGCCUGACGGUGGGGAGGGCGACAUGUACGUCCUUUUCAGCCUGGGUGAGCAGAGAUAUCGCAGCAAGAAUCUGUGCAUUAAGGCCAACCCGCAGUGGAGGGAGAGGUUCGACUUCAACCGUUUUGAUGAUGGCCAAUCAGAUAAGUUGAUGGUGGAGAUUUUCUGCAAGAGGGGCCGAAAACGUGAAGAACGCUGGGGAAUGCAAGAAUAUGACCUUUCAGAACUACACCUCAACAAGAAGCACUCAUACACACACACAAUGGGUGCAGGAAAGGGCCGGCUGGUGUUCUUGGUCACUCGAACCCCCUGCCCCGGAGCGUCCAUCUCUGACCUGCGAUCUGCUUUAUCAGACAUCAGUGAGGAGACGCUGCAGCAAUACAGUCUGACGAACACACUGCUGAACCUACAGGAUGUUGGGUACCUCCAGGUCAAGGUUGUGAGGGCCACAGACCUUUCCUCCACAGAUCUGAAUGGUAAAAGUGACCCAUUUUGUAUGCUGGAGCUUGGAAACAGCAAGCUGCAAACUCAAACCAUGUACAAGACCCUCAAUCCAGAAUGGAGAACAAUGCUUACAUUUCCAAUUAGGGACAUCCAUGAGGUCUUGGAGCUGAGCGUUUUUGGCGAAGAUGGGGACAAAUCAGGAAACUUCCUGGGAAAAGUUGCUAUUCCUUUGCUGACAGUCUCCAAUGGACAGCAGAUAACCAGCCUUCUAAAAAAAGAGGAUUUGACGGGGCCAUCCAAAGGGAGCAUCACUCUGGAGAUGAAUGUUGUCUACAACCCGGUCAGAGCUGCCAUUAGAACUUUCAAGCCCAAAGAAAAGAAGUUUGUGGAGGACAACCCAAAGUUCAAUAAAAAGCUGUUAGCGCGCAACAUUUACCGUGUGAGGAGGAUCAGCAUGGCUGUGCUGUAUACACUGCAGUACAUUAAUAGCUGCUUUCAGUGGGAGAGCACUCAGAGGAGCGUCACCGCCUUCCUGAUCUUUGUAGUGAUGGUGUGCCACUUCGAGCUCUUCAUGCUGCCUCUUUUCCUCCUCCUGCUGAUUGGCUGGAACUACUUUCACAACACCCCGGGCGCGGGCAGCCACAGUCAGGACCUGGAGAGCAUGUCCGUGGCGGAGGACGAAGACGAGGAUGAAAAGGAAUCGGAGAAAAGAGGCCUGAUGGAGAAAAUCCAUAUGGUUCAAGAAAUUGUGCUCACGGUCCAGAACGUUCUAGAUGAAGUAGCGUGCAUAGGAGAAAGAGUAAAGAACACAUUCAACUGGUCAGUGCCCUUCUUGUCCUUCCUGGCCUCUGCAGUCCUGUUCACUGCUACUGCUGCACUCUACUACAUCCCUUUCCGCUACAUAGUCUUAUUAUGGGGUGUUCAAAAAUUCAGCAAGAAGCUCAUCUACCCGAAUGCAAUCGACAAUAACGAACUACUGGAUUUCCUCAAGAGGGUCCCGUCUGAUGUUCAAAAGGUGCAGUACAGCGAGCUGAGAACGGCUGGCACCCAGAGCGCGCAGAAGAAGAAGCGCUAGCGCCCAGAGCCCCAGCAGAGACUUUCGGGAUGAAAGGCGGCGGUUGAAAGUGGUGCUCUCUUGUUCAGGCCAGACUGCCCCCAUCUCACUUCCAGGGGCAGUCAAGUGGAGUCCCCUACCUCCUCCUCUGCCCCCAUAUUGGACCUCGUCUACCCCUUGGGGUGAGGCUGCUGCCAGCCUUUCCCCUGGCUCAGAGUGUGUAUGUUUGUGUGUGUGUGCUUCUCAGUGACUUGUAGGGCAACACAAGGAUCUGUUACACAUUCACAGACUGAAACAAACAAACCAAAAAUCCCACACACUGCUCGUGGUAUGUUAAAGCUGCAAGCUUCUGACAAACAACAUUCUUUGUUAACAUUUGGCCAUAGCUGCUAAGCAACAAUUUUUUUUAAACACACAAAUAGAAUUGUGUGUAGUUAUAUGUGUGUACAGUAUUUUCUAAUAUCGAUUAUCUCCACAUCUAUCCAGAUACUUUUAUAAGCAGAUGUUGCUGUCUUCUGAUUUUUUAAAAUAUUUCCGUCCAUACAGAGAAAUCUCUCAUUAAGAAAGUUAUCAACACACAAAAAAAUAUCAUAGGUGUAAUCCCAAAUUACACUAGGCAAUGGAUUCUAAAUCUAAGAUGAACAUUAUAUAUGCUCAUAUGUAGACAUAUUUAUUAUACAGUAUAUAUGUAGAAAGUAUUGUACUUCUUUUCUGGCCUGUGUAAUCAGGUCGAAGCACUUACAAAUGUUAGUCAAAUUAUUGAUAUGUGACAAUGUAACCAUUUUAUUUGACAUAAUAGGGGUAAGUGAGGCACAAACAUUGGGAAUGAAGUUUACAUACAUGAAGUUUUAAUAAAAGUAACAAAGACAAAAGACAUAAGAUAUAAAUACGUUGUGCCAUAACAAGUUAAAUUGUUACGAUAAGUUUUUUUAUAUAUCUCAGUUAUGUUUUUUACUCAUCUGCUUUAUUAUUUUAUUCACAUACACUAUUUACUGUGAGAGAUAUCCAGGCUUAUAGAUAUAUUAUAUUUAUUUAUAUAUAUAAAUAAAUGGUGGGAAACACAGUAACAGGUUAAUUGGGUAAACUUUUCUCAAUGUAAAUACAGUGACUACAUUCAGACGGAGUAUAAAUUACUGCUCAAAUUCUUGUUUGGAAAGUUUUUUUACACUUUCAUUGAAUAUUAUUUAUCAGUGUGACAUCAACAUAUCUAUGUAUGAGUUUUUUGUUCAUGUUUAAUCGUGUUUUAUUUUAUUUAUUGUAUUUUUAGUAAUGGGAAAGCCUCUGGCGAUGUUUCCAUAUGUUUUUUUUUUUUGUUUUGUUUUUGUCAAAGGUAUAAUGAGGUUGUUAUCCAAACCAUACAUUCACAUUAUUACAAUCACACUUACAAGUCCUCCUAUGGAUAUCAUGUAAAUAUAUUUAUAUAUUAUACUGUUAUUUUAUGCUACUACAUGUAUGUGAAGGUUGCUUAUCUUACAAUAUUAUUAAUAAUCUUGAUUUUUUUUUUUUCAAACAUUAAAACAUAUGUGGUUGUGUCUCAAUCCCAAAACAAAAUAUUGUCUAUAUAUCUAUGAUUAUUCACUGGAAGGACUCAAUUAGAGCUUCUACGUGUGGGUCAUUAUUGCUUGGCUAAAUUGCAUCUAAAAGAUACGUGGUUGUGUCUAGCUCCCCCCUAUUUACUACACUUAUAUUAUACUUAUGUAUGGAUUGAAAGGAAUUGUAAGAUGUUACCCUGCUUCUAUCUAUAUGUUUCAGGUAUUUGCACAAUGUGAAAAUGUGAAAAUACACAUCUAAAAAAUG